CAUUUGGUGGCGCUACGGAACAAAAACAUACCGGAAGUACUACGCCAUUGAAACUAGAAGAAGCUUCCCCCCACGACUUUGACGUUUAGUAGCAGUCCUGUCUUGACCUUCGUUCUGCAGUGUGGUGAACUGAAAUAUGGCUGGACGGGCGUUUGCAAACUGGUGGGCCCUGAUGAGGCCCUACUAUACUCAGGCAUACCAAGAGAUGUGGGUGGGUGUUGGCAUCAUGACAUACCUGUACUACAAAGUUUCCUACGGGGGCAAGAAGAAGGCCGUGAAGGACAAGCCUGCCCAUUGAGCUUUCCACCAUGCAGACCACCCUUCCACCCGCUGUGAAAUAAUACCCCCAUCCAGAGGCUCAGCUUCAUAUUAGAAUUUUUGUUAAUAUGGAACGAAUAAAGUUGUUUUCCUCAACUUUG